AUGAUCUCAAUGAGAGCGAUGAAAGUGCAUGAAAAUGAGAAAAAAGAAGGAAAUAAGAAUUUUCCUGCAGAAAUUAAACUAAUAGAAACAAGUUCUAUGGAUCAUACCACACACAUUCAAAGCAAUUUUUCUCAUUCACUUUACAUGCUUCCCACAUGGUUACAGCAUAAUGAAGUUUGA